AUCCAUCUAAUGAGCACACAUUGUCAGUAGCGAUUAGUCCGCCAUUGAGUUAUCUACGAACUAAACAAUGAAUCAUUUACUAUUAAUUGUGCUAUCAGUUAAUGCCAUGGCGUUUACGUCUAAUGCAUGCCAAUUUGGAAGCGAGGCCAUACAGGAGGUCUACGAUAGAUUUGAACUAUUUAGGAAAACGAAAGCGUUCGAUCCAACUUCACCAAAAGUUCCAUUGCAAAAAUAUCAAUUUUACAAUGACAACGGCGAUAAGAGAUUAGCUUUGGAAAUCAACGGUGUUUAUAUGACGGAAACUUCUGAAACCGACAGCGAUCAUAAAAUUCAAGUGAAAGAUGGACAAUAUCGUGUCGAUAACGGCGUGAUUCUAAAUUAUAAACGUGACGAGAAUGGUGAAUUUUCAUUUGAUGAUUGGUCGAAUCACAGGAAAUUUAAAUCUUCACUCCGAAGCAUCGAUGCUGAGCUGCCAAGUGAUUUCGAGGAGGAUUACAAACAAGUUUUGGUUGAUUUGAAUGCAAUGAGAAAGAAAAUGUUUGACUUUCAAAAAGGUCUAAGUCAAGAAGACCUGGAACGCGUCCAGUUGUUUGAGUUUACUCCAUUUUCGAAUGGUGAUGGAUUCGCUGCGCAAUAUAUCGAAAAUAAUAGACAAAGUCUAUCCGUUUCUAAGGAGAAUGGAAUCGAUGACAUUUCUGGAUUAUUUUCGUGUGAGCAUAAGCACCAGAAAUAUAACAUUGUAGAUGGCAAAGUUGUUGCUGAUGGAGAACCCUUCUCCGUUCCAUUGUACCAUUAAAUCGUCUGUAUGGUUAUAUGCUAUAAUUGAAGUUAUUUAAUGCGUUAAUGGAUCAAUAAAAUUGUUGAAAACG